GGGUGCUAUUCUUCAUGCAUCACUUGCUUCUCGCUCUCUCGCUCUCUCUUUUUCUUCAAUGGUUCUAUUCCUCCUGUUACUGGAUUGAAGAUAGGAGCGAACUCCUACGUUCAGGACCAUGGACAGCUCUCCAGGCGCAUGCGGCAGAAUUUGACGCGGCCGGCGAGGGGCGCGGCAGGAGCGGCAAAUUUGCACUUUGCUGCUUUAAGACAAAAAUAUCCUUAUUUAAAAUGUUCUACUUGCAGGUGAUGGCUCAAAAGACGUGCCAUCAUACAAGUGGCCUGAUUUCAGUCAAACUGAGCGGUCCGUUUUCUGACGCUCUCCCUCGUUAGUUUUAUAGUCUUGCAAAUAGUGGGCGGGAUGAUGAGAAUAGUUUGUACGUGAUUCGCCAUUGAAGGACACUUUUUCCACACUUGGCCAAUCAGGGUCGAAUGGCGUGGCCCCAGGCGGACUUUGAGGAGACGCGCGGUUAGUUUUAGUUUGUGUUGGUUGGACCGAGGGGAGGAGGAGGGAGGAGGAGGAGGAGGAUGACUAGGAGGAGGCAAAGGCUGUCACUGUUAUUUUUCGCCCCUCCGUUUGCACCAACAGGCUCGUUUGUUGUCAGGAGCGAGAAUCCAUUCUCCGGAGGGAAUACUGUCCACCGUGAAGACGUCUCCAUUUUCUGAUGAGAAAAAAAAGCCGCUGUGUGUCAAGCUUAAGAGUGGACGGACGUCGAUUGUGGAUUUCGAGGGAGAACAUGUCAGUAUGUCAACAGCUGGAGAGGAAAAUACGGCAAAGCUCGCUCCAUUGCGUUAUUGGAGGAACGGCAUCUGAUCAUUUGGUGCUGCACGACGUGUUCUACAUAUAAAGUGUUGCUUGCAUGGGAGGAAAAAAAAGCGGGCGGUGAAGAUGCUCACUGUGCCGGCUGCUAGCUGACUUGCUAUCUCCACACGUUAGGCUAGAGGAAAUAAAUGAGUGGAAAGGGGAGAUAAUGUGGCGUCUUUUGGGCUGAGUGAGGACAACCGGUGGUCGUUAAAGCUCCGGUGUGCGGGCGUGUGUACGGGAGCUUGGCACCAGCCUUACGGGACAGCAAACCGCAUAGACAUGUCAUCCCAAGAGACUGUUUGUUAAAAUUGACCCUCUCCCCAAAUCUCGCGUGGUAAAAAGCGGGGGGGGAGGGAGCCCAUAAGAGAGGAGGUGAAGGAAGAUUAAGCCCAAUCAGGAGUCGCCUAUAUGAAGAUGCUGAUGUGUGACCGCGGCGUCCAGAUGCUCGUGACGACGGUGGGCGCGUUCGCCGCCUUCAGCCUCAUGACCAUCGCAGUGGGGACUGACUACUGGUUGUACUCGCGUGGGGUCUGCCGCGUGAAAAGCAGUGGCGACAAUGAUACGAGCCGCAAGAAUGAGGAGGUGAUGACGCACUCCGGCCUCUGGCGGACCUGCUGUCUGGAAGGAACCUUCCGGGGUGUGUGUAAGAAGAUCGAUCACUUUCCGGAGGACGCCGACUACGAAGCAGAUGCCGCCGAAUACCUCCUGCGUGCAGUGCGUGCCUCCAGUAUCUUCCCCAUCAUGAGUGUGGGUCUGCUGUUCUUGGGAGGACUCUGUGUAGCCGCCAGUGAGUUUUACCGCAGCCGACACAACGUCAUCCUCAGCGCAGGAAUCUUCUUUGUCUCCGCAGGCCUCAGCAACAUCAUCGGAAUUAUUGUCUAUAUUUCGGCCAACUCAGGCGAUCCGGGCCAAAGCGACAGCAAGAAAUCCUACUCCUACGGCUGGUCCUUCUACUUUGGCGCUCUGUCCUUCAUCAUGGCAGAAAUGGUGGGCGUGCUGGCCGUGCACAUGUUCAUCGAGAAGCACCGCAAGCAGCGAGCCAAAUCCCGCACCGAGCUGAUCAAAAAGUCGGCCUUCAGCCGCAUCCCCUCCUACCGUUACCGCUUCCGACGCCGCUCCAGCGUCCGCUCGUCGGAGGUUCCAAGCCGCGACGCCUCGCCGCUGGGUAAAGUGGGUUACACCGGGCCCGGCGCUUCCGAGAUGCCCAUGUACACGCUGAACCCACGCGAGGCGGGCAACGCCGCUACCAAGUCCAGCCUAGCCGGGCUGCUCAACUCUGAGAGGGAAUUCCUCCAGAGUAGCACGCUCACUAAAGACUACACAAAGGACCCCAACCGCAGGACCACGCCUGUCUGAGAGGUGUUGCCUGCAGAUAGCACGCUAGCAAAGAUGAGGAGGAGGCUGAGAGAGGGAGGACACAGGCAAGGGGGACACACACGGGGAGUGCUGGGGUCGGAAAUACAGAGACUGUGAACUGUGAACUUUUAGCCUUUGAACUGUGAAUCCUGAGCCCAGUGAGCAUUUCAGUGUGUGUAGCACGAGCCGUUUGCUUGGAUGGAGAACUUGUUCCCAUCUCCAUUUAAACCUCAUGUGUCUGUAGUUGGCACAUCCAUUUGUUUGAAGAUCAGCUUAUACUCAUUUGGGGAUUUUUUGUUUUUAAUUUCAAUGGAAUUGUCCCAUCAUGCGUUGGUUUGCUAUUUGGGAGACGCUCCUAAAAAGAUGAAUGAAAUGUAAAUGUGAGGAAGGGGGCAGGGUGUCCAUCUUUGGUAGCAGAUGAGUUUGUUUUCAAUUCAGCUGACUUGAAAAUAUCAAAGAAGGGAGCAUUUGUCCGUGUAUAUGUAUGUAUAUAGUCUUUUUUUUUUUUUUUUUUGGCUUUAAUCACGGACUGGCUUCUAUCAUGACGGUGAAUCGAGUUCAUCCCUGAUUUCUCCGGCCAGUUGUCAUCGCUUCCAAAUUUUGACAUCAUCGGUGCUUCCUUUUCUUCUUCUUUCUCCGUUUAUUUCUUCUGUCACUGUCUUCACUUCCUCACCUCUUCACUCAUCUCUUUUCCACACUAGUCUUCCAUCUGUGUCACCGAUUAGACUAGCUAGCUGCUUUGAGGAACAUGUAGAAGAGGAGACCACUUAGCUGUGAAUAUGGUUCUAAACAGAAACCAUAAAGAUAUUAAACAGAGAGACGAGAAAAUGCCCGCCUACUACCUCCCGCUGAAUAUCGUUCAACAAUUGCGUCUGAAGUCUCUCUUGUGCAAUGGGGGGUAAGAAUCGGUUUGUAACACGCGAUGGAAAGCAGACUGGAGGGGAGUGUCAUGCAUUAUUCAGAAGGUUUGCGCUCCAUCUAUUGAGGUGUCAGUCACAGCCACCUCUUCUCUCCUUAUCUAGCGUACACGUGCAUUAACUGUAUCCAAACGCGGCUUCUAUCUGUGACCUCCACAAACGUGUGUUCAAACACAGAACACAUCAUACUAAUACAUCUCCAUAUGUCUCCUUCCUUACAUACAUUUAAAUAUACCGCACGUCGCUUUCACGGAUAAUAGAAAGUCACCGACACGUCUGCGUUUCAAUUUAUCAGCAUCAGAGUUCGCUAAGCUUGAUUUUGAUUUAUUGCGGGAAAAACACUGCUGUAGGAGAAGGCGGCCGUUUAUUUAUUUUGGUAAACCUGAAGAUGUUCAUAAGCAGGGAUGCCGAUGGUCGACGAUUACGAGAAAAAAAUAAUAAUAUUGAAACACAUUUAUCUGCAGUAUUUUUCCAUCCACUUAUGUGGUUUACAUUAUAUGAAGAUUCAGUCCGGUUGUCAAAAGGCUUAAAUUGUAUGUUGAGUCAGUCCCAAAGAUAAAAAAAUAUUUUGAGCCAAUUGCUUUAAAAAUAACACUUAUUAACUUUCCGCUCCCUUUUAUACUUUCGUAAGAAUAAAACACAAAACGACGUCACAUGACCACUUGGACAGCUAUUACCGAGAUCAGAAAAGAAGUUGACACAUUCUCUAUAAAGAAAGCUUCGUGCCGACUAUCCUUCGCAUGUAAAUAUUAAUUUUACAACAUCAGCAGUUGUCAUGGGCUGUGAAAGGGAAAUUGUGCUUUUCUCCUAAGCAAGGGCUUUUAAUUUUUAAAGAAGCGGAGCACACAAGGGCUUUCUAUGCUCGCUGUUGCACCAACAUUGUUCAAAGGGUGUUAAGUGGAUGGCAUAGACGCGGGAAGACAAGGAAGAGUACAUUUGCGUUUAGAGAGCAGCUCGAAUAGCUAACAAGCGACACGUUGUCGAAGCGACGAUCCAGAAAACGGAGCCUUGACGACAUGUUUUUUCUCGAACUUUAAAGUAGACAAACUUUUCAAAGUAGCUACAGUCAAAACCUUACGCACACGUAGGAUAGCGACGUACGUUAGCAAAAAAAUAAAUUAUCAUACCAGGUGCCAAAUACGGUUCCGAGUUCUCAUUUCGACUUACGAUGUAGCUUUUCGCAUUUUCAGAAAGGUCAGAGGUCAAACCGUGCACAUGCCACACAUCCAUCUGUUUCCAGCGCUUCCUUUGUUCGAAACAACAUCUCAAAUUGCAGCCAUUUUAAGACAAGUGCUUUUGACGGCCGCCAUUUUCUUUCUACCUUCCACUCAGCUUUGACUGGAUAGAAACAAAUAACUGUGUUAUUUAUUAGUAAUGCUAUAUAUUCUAUCUUCUAAAGGUGCCACUGUGCAGAGGAUGCCAAACUCUGUCACAUGUUUAUUAAUCUGUUGGUGGUUUGGGGGGCACUGAGCCAGAUUUUGGGUGCUCGUCUGUGUAUAUUAAUCUAGUUUCAUUUUCUAGUUUAAUUGUGGAUUGGUUGAACGAUUCAACCGAUUUAAUAGCGGGAUAGUUACGAUCAACACACGACACAAAGAACAACAACACGAAAGGGUUUCUAUACUUUCGAGGACUUAGUGAUUAUUUUUGUCCAUCGCAAAGGCUUCGUGGAAACUGAUACUGUGAUAAUUGCUAAUAUUAUAAUAGUCUGUAAAGAUGUGCCACAAAAAAAAAAUAUUUAGGAGUGUGGAUUCACUCAACUGCAGCGUACUAGGUGUCCAUUAGUGUGAGGAUUUUAUUUAUCCUAAUGUGCUUUUCUAAUGAUAUGAUUUUUAUGACAAAUUAAUUCAAGUUACGUCACGAUAUAAAAGUAGCACUUUUACAACGCCACCGUCAAUUUCAGCUUUACACAAGUCGUUUUUUGUUUACAUAGGUAACAUUUUAAUAUUUGCUUGAAAAAGAAAAACAACAUGUGGCUUUUAAAGUAGAUGAUGCAUUAGUGGGGAAUUCUUAUUCUUAUUGCGGAGGGCACUAUUGCAGGAAAUGUAUUUCUUUUUUAAAUGUGUCAACAAUGUUUACACUUCACUCACAUCAUGUGGUUUUCCCUUCAUUGUCCUCGUAAGUAUAGCAAUGCAAUUUACAACACACAGAAAUAACAUCACGCAAAUAGUGACGGGGAAAAAAAGAAAAAAAGUCUUUGUGAAAUGACAACUUGUAAAACAUAAAUCGAGCCAGUUAAUCAAACACGGUGGAGCAUUUUGCUAUGGCGACAAACAUGCUACCAACUCUACACUUUGCAAACACACUCAAAUACUUGUGAGGAGGACUUAUGUGCCUGCAUGUGUGUGUGUGUUCAUAUCAACGAGUGUGUAAGUGUGUGUGUGCAGCUCGCCUCUCCUCACUUGUACACAGAGUGCCUGCCUUGUCCUGCCUUCAGACAGCUCCCAGAUCCGCUGAGGAGCUUUUUCUCGUCUGACGUCCUCCACCUAGAAACAACACAGAUAGGCAAUUCUGAUAUCUCGUAUGUCUGAAUGUUGUUUCCAUGUAUUUUUCCACUCGUCAUUGAAGUUGAUUCAGGAUUGGCAGAGGGGGUGGAAAAUGAUCUGUGGUGACCCUUAUGACCGCUGGACUUGAAUCAACAUGGUUGUAGACUGUUGUUGCUCAUCCUUUAUAAUCUUGCCCAAGAAUGACUGUUUAUUUGUGUGUGUUUGUGUGUGUGUGUGUGGCUCAUGUGAUAGAGAAGCCAUCCGCUGGUUUGCUCCCCAUCCAGACUCUGAAGCCCCGAUUGCUCCUGAUGACCACAAUCACGGUUGUAUAAAAGACAUUCGGAGGAAAUUUGUGUUGUUAAUGGUAAAAUAUGUACAGACGCAAUUUCCCCUCAUGAGAAUUCAUAGUGAAGCCAUCGAUUUUGAUAAACAAUCGUUUUUGUUUGCCUUUUGGUGCUUUAUCUUUUAUUUUAUGUGUGUUUUGACAGGGCGUAAUUAUAUGUUUUUGUUUUGUUUUUUUUAAAUAGUUUUGCAUCAAGCCCUGUGCUCACUGUUUACACGCAGAACAUUUCCGUGGCUCUUUACGCUUGAGCGACCAAGGGAUGAAAGACUCCAAAUUACAGGGUGCGGUACCACGUUUCGACCAGCAGGUGCAUUUCAAUGGCAUCUUGGAGAAAUUGUUGACACUGUGGCGAACUUAAAACGUUAACGGAUCUUCGACAAAAGGUGUCUGAGUGAAAUAAUGGCAUACUAAGAAUCCGAUUAGAUUUCAAUAUUCCUUCAGACUGUUAUUUAACAAAGCCAUCUCCUUCAAAAGGCUGCAUUGACUAUAAUGUCAUCCAGAAUGCUACGAGAGGCAGUGUAACCAUAUUAAUGAGGUCAAAAAAUAUAUCUUAUUAUCUGGACUGACAUGCAUUUAUUUAAGGUGCAAUGUAUUUUUGUGGCAAGGUCAAACUGUUACGCUGCAGUGCUUCAAAAUGACAACAACAAAAAAAUUGCAGAUGGAGCCUAAAGUGAAGAUGAUGUGCUGUGAUAAGUUGAAAUUGUGUUGGGGGGGGCAGAUUUUGACCCUGCUGUAUACCUCUGAGCCCAAUCAUGAGCUAAACACACACACGCGAGUGAGCUAAACACACACAAAAAUCUGUUCUCACCAGAAUUUAGUAAGAUUUUGUCCGAUUAUAUACUCGUAUUUUGCUUGUAUAGCAAAAUUAUUUUUUCCUAAUGAUCUAUGCUUUACCAAUUAUCGCUGAAUAAUAAUCGUAAUACAGGAAAAAUAUGGCAAUCAUAUUGUCAAGUAUUUGUCCAGUUCCAACGUAAUCUUAGCAUUUUUCGCUCAAUUUCUGACUACAUUCUGUCGAGGACAGGUUGCACAGACAAAUAGCUGUCCGCCUGAAUCUCUGUACACUUUAUAACGUAAACCUCCAACUAGCAGCCGUCUGACACGGACAAAUGCUGUGAAUAAAAGCACACUUUUACUUACAUUAUAUAGAUAUGAUUACCUAUAUCUAGAGAGAAAGAAUAUUAUAUACAGUAUGAUGAAUAGAAAAUAAAGAGACACCUUUUCAAUGGGG